AUGGAUAGUGUCUUCUCCUUCUCAGAAGCUGCAAGACUUGAUUUCUUACAAUCUGCAUUUCACUCUUAUGGCUGUGCCUAUAUUCGCCUCUGGUCCUAUAGUUCAUCAUCCAACCGCGUUCCAGGACUGGCUUUUUGGAACCGAUAUUCUUUCCUAGAGCUGCAACAAUCCGAUCUCCUGCAACUGGCAUGGACAGAUAUAAAAAGACAAUUCUUUAAGACAGCUGUUUUCAUAGGUUGUCGCAAUGGGGAAAUUGAGCUCGGAUUCUCAUGUGUCUCUCACGUCAGUAACGAUGCUGAGAUUCAAACAGAUGUGCACGUACUACUGGUUUCCAGAAGAAUUUCUGUACAGUCCCAUCAAGUUGAACAGAAGAUUCCACCUUCAUCUUCAUCUUGUCUGAGGUCACUAUCUACAGGCAGCUCCGAUCAGUACACAUUUCUCCUAUUCAGCAAUAUUCCGAGCAGUUCAGCUUUGGUGCCUGAAAUGCUUCUGCAGCAAGAGAAUGACCACAACGGCGUUAUUAAAGCAAUUCUUCAUGUUAAAUCUUCGCCUUCUUCCAAUAAUAAUUCAACCUUAGUACUUGAGCAAGAUCCGCCUAAUAUUGUAAUUCCAGAAAGAGUUAGUGCUUUCAAGAGUUACAGGCCUUCUCGAAUGGGUCAUUACAAACCCAGUUUGCGAAGGCAAAGCUUGCUCAAGAGAUCUUUUGAACUGCUUAGAGGCUUAUAUUUUAUGAGAACGAGGGGGAAUAAUAUGAACAAUCUCGUCACAUUGGCAGCCAGUUCCUUCAUGUGA